AUGGCACUAGAAAGCUGUAAAUUGAACGCAGUAUUACAAAUUGCUGUAGACCUGCGCGACAAACUAGUAAAAAGAAGGAGGGAUAGCGUUGGGACAAUGAUAAUAAAUAGAAAAGGAAUACCACGGGAAUUUAACGUAAAAUUACAGAGAGGAGAAAUUGUAACACGUUUUAGAAGAAAACUCAUGAUUCAGAAAUGGCGCGACAAGAAAGACGUCCUUAUGAUAAGCACAGUCCACGAUGACAGCAUGAAAACAAUUGCAGCAAGGUGUGGGGACAUUGAAAAGCCAUCUUGCAAAAUCGAUUACAAUGCCAGCAUGGGUGGUGUUGAUUUAUCUGACAAUUACCUUCACUUUUAUGGAAUUGCUCGUACUAGAGUUAAAAAAUGGUACAUGAAGACGUUUAUCGGAAAACUAAAAAGACUUUUUACUGGAGCAGGUUGUGUAUCUAUUACUGCUAAUGAAGUUCGAACGCUAAAUGCAAACAAGGGUUACGAUUGGACUUGCGUCGAUUGCCGAGCCAUUGGUAAAGAUAUCAAGGGACUAAGGGCCCUGAUCAUAGAGCUACAAAAUGACAUCAUAUCGGAAGUUAUUGAAAGGCAAAAGCGCAAAACUAACAUAAUUCUAUUCAAUGUUAAAGAGCCGGACCAGGCCAAAUCGAAAAAGGAACAAACCGAGAGUGACUCCACUACUGUCUUGGAUAUAGUAUCUAAAGUUGAUCCUGAGCUAACGCUAACCAACUUAAAACCUAUUAGACUGGGGCCAUUCGCUGGAAACAAAAUCCGUCCUAUAAAAAUCACAGUCGAAAGCCCUGAUAUUGCUCAAAAAGUCGCUAUGAACGCAAGAAAGUUGAAUACUAGCAGGAUCUAUAGGAAUGUCAGGAUAGCUCCAGACCGAACGAAGAAGCAGCUGGAGUACUAUAAGGAAGUCAAGCGUGAGCUGACGGAGCGGCACAAUGCUGCAAAGGAGGAAAUGGUAAGGAAUACGAGUACUACUGUAGUUAUGUGGGAUGUGGAUGCAAGUAAACCGUUCCUAAAAACAUCGCUUUGCAGCAGUAGAUGCUUCGUUGAGCAAUUUCAUUACAGUUCAGACGUCAGCUCUGACGAAGAAAGAAAUGAAUUUGAUAUCUGUGCACAAAAGUUUUUAUUGGGAGAAGAAGUGAACAAAAACAUUGAACUUUCGCUAAGAACCGCAGCGAUCAAACAUUCAGAUAACGUUCUCUGCAACUCGAAAUGCCACAAUAGUAGCAAAAGUCAUGUCUUGAUCUGCAAGUUCUAA